AUGUCUCAUACUCAACCAUCACCCACCGCGGGGGUAGCUCCUCACCAUGCGGCAGCGCAUCUCGCAGCACAUGCGCAAGCGCAGGCACAAGCCAAUGGUCAUAUGUCAGCAAUUCCGGUGCAAGGCCAGAAGGGAGUCCCUUCUCUCACAACCGCACAAAAGAUAGCGACACUCAAUGAACAAGUCUGGCUCCAAAUAGGAAGCUUGACCGAAUUGAUGGGCGAUCUGGAGGGUGCGAUGAAUGCCUAUGAGCAGGCCCUGCGUCACAACCAGUGGUCUAUUUCAGCCAUGAAUGCCAUUUCAUGCAUCCUACGGACAAAAGAGCAGUUCCCUAAAGCAAUUGAGUACUUGCAAAAUAUUUUGAAGUUGGACCCGAGCAAUGGAGAGACUUGGGGCAGCUUGGGCCACUGCCAUCUUAUGAUGGAUAACCUGCAAGAGGCAUACACCUCUUACCAGCAAGCCCUUUACCACUUGCGGGACCCCAAGGAACCCAAGCUGUGGUAUGGAAUCGGUAUCUUGUAUGAUCGCUAUGGUUCUCUGGAUCAUGCCGAAGAGGCUUUCUCGCAGGUGAUGCGGAUGGCCCCCGAUUUCGAGAAGGCCAAUGAGAUCUACUUCCGCCUGGGAAUCAUAUACAAGCAGCAGCAGAAGUUCAACCAGAGUUUGGAGUGCUUUAAAUACAUCGUUAGCGACCCCCCACGCCCGCUGACCGAAGAAGACAUCUGGUUCCAGAUUGGCCAUGUUCACGAGCAACAGAAAGACUUUGAGUCUGCUCAAUCCGCCUACCAGCGUGUCCUUGAGCGGGAUCCAAAUCACGCCAAGGUUCUCCAGCAGCUUGGAUGGCUCUACCACCAGCAGAGUAAUGCCUUCCAAAGCCAGGAGAAGGCCAUUCAGUUUUUGGAGAAGUCAGUCAAUGCUGAUAACAAUGACGCUCAAAGUUGGUAUCUCCUCGGUCGUUGCUACAUGUCCAUGGCGAAAUACCCCAAGGCGUAUGAAGCCUACCAGCAAGCAGUCUAUCGCGAUGGGCGCAACCCGACCUUCUGGUGCUCUAUUGGUGUGCUUUACUACCAGAUCAACCAAUAUCGCGACGCUCUCGAUGCCUACUCUCGUGCGAUCCGCCUGAACCCUUACAUUUCCGAAGUUUGGUACGACCUGGGCACUUUGUACGAAUCAUGCAACAAUCAGAUCACCGAUGCCCUGGAUGCAUAUGGACGCGCCGCAGAUCUUGAUCCGAGCAACGUCCACAUCAAGGCUCGCCUGCAGCUACUCCAAAGUCAAUUGACUGCUGGCACGGCCGGACAGCAGCCGCCCACUGCCCCCGCACCUCAGCCACAGGAUGUUCACCCUCAGGCUUACCAGGCACCUGGCGUUGGUGCACCGCCAGCGCCUCAAUGGGGUGCCCCAGCCCCCAUCGGUCCCCCUCCACAAGCUCCUGCUCCCCCAAGACAAAUUCCUGACUGGAACCGUGGCAUCAACGAACUUCAGUCUCAGAGCCAAGGUCCCCCAGCCAACGGCCUUGACCAGCGCGAUGCUCGGAUCCCUGGUGCUCCCACUCAAAGUCCUCGACAGGAGCCUGGCCGGACCUUCCCGGACCCUCGUGGUACACCUCGCUCGCCAAAGAUGGGCGAUCCCAAUGCGUACCCGCCGCCUCACACCCUACCCCAGCUUGGAAAUGCGCCUGGUCCAGGCCACGAACGCGCCCCCUAUCCAGCUCCUGAAAUUCGCCCCAUUCGCGAUGAGCGCCCUUCCUCGCCAGGCUCAGGAUACCCCCUCCAACAAUUCCACCCCGGUCCUACCCUCCCCCCACAAGUUCCAGGCGGUAACUCAAUCGCGUCUGGCGCCCCGGCACCUCCUUCGGCGGCUACUGCCGCUGAGGCUGCCGCACGUGAUCGCGAAGAUCGCCCCCCAUCUGCAAUGAAGCGUGGUCGCGAAUGGGAGGCUGAUGCCGGUCCAGUCAAGAAGCAUGAGACUCAAGAAAGCCGUGCUCGUCUGGAUGACCAGAACAGCCGCCGCCCGAGCCCACCCGCUCGUUUGCCUUCUCCUGGUGAGAUGCAACGACGAAGCUCCUCGGAGGCCCGCCGCGAGGACGCCCGUCGUGCCAAUGAGAACUACCACCCCUCAGAGGCUGCUCACCACCCUCCUACUCUGCCCUCAAUUCAGGACAUGCCUCCCCGCCCUUCUGCUGGCCCAAGUCUUGCUCCGAUGGCUGAGGGCUCUGUUCCUCCUCCUCCAUCCAACGCUCCCCCCUCUGCACCUCCUUCCGCCAACACCCCGGUCAAAGAAGAAGCUCCUCGCCCCGAGGCUCUCCCUGCCCACGAGCCCCCUGCGCGCAAGAUGGACGUCGAUGAAGACUAUGAUGACGAAGUCGAGGAAGAGAAGAAAGCUGCUGCUGCUUCCAAAGGCAGCCCCAAUGGCAGCGCUGCUGGCAACCCCGCUAAUGGGGCCGGUAAUGCCCGUGCCAAUCGUCCUCCCACCACCUCGACGACUAACGAUAACAGGGUCAAGAUGAGUCACCGGAAGUUCGAAGCGCCUCGUCACGGCUCCCUUGCCUACCUCCCGCGCAAGCGCGCUGCCCGUCACCGUGGUAAGGUCAAGAGCUUCCCCAAGGAUGACGCCAAGAAGCCCGUCCACCUUACUGCCUCCAUGGGCUACAAGGCCGGUAUGACCACCGUCGUCCGUGACCUUGACCGUCCCGGUGCCAAGAUGCACAAGAAGGAGAUUGUCGAGGCCGUCACCGUCAUCGAGACCCCUCCUCUCGUUGCCGUUGGUGUCGUCGGUUACAUCGAGACUCCCCGUGGCCUCCGCUCUCUCACCACCGUCUGGGCUGAGCACCUGAGCGAUGAGGUCAAGCGUCGCUUCUACAAGAACUGGUACAAGUCCAAGAAGAAGGCCUUCACCAAGUACGCCAAGUCCCACGCCGAGAGCUCCGGUGCCUCCAUCACCCGCGAGCUUGAGCGCAUCCAGAAGUACUGCACUGUCGUCCGUGUGCUCGCCCACACCCAGAUCCGCCAGACUCCCAUCAAGCAGAAGAAGGCCCACCUUAUGGAGAUCCAGGUCAACGGUGGCUCCGUCUCCGACAAGGUCGACUUCGCCCGCAACCUCUUCGAGAAGACCAUCGAUAUUGAUUCCAUCUUCGAGAAGGACGAGAUGAUUGAUGUCAUCGCCGUCACCAAGGGUCACGGUUUCUCCGGUGUCACUUCCCGUUGGGGUACCACCAAGCUGCCCCGCAAGACUCACAAGGGUCUGCGUAAGGUCGCCUGUAUUGGUGCUUGGCACCCUAACCACGUCCAGUGGACUGUUGCCCGUGCCGGUCAGGACGGAUACCACCACCGUACCUCUUGCAACCACAAGAUCUUCCGCAUCGGAAAGGGCUCUGAUGAGGGUAACGCCUCCACCGAGUUCGACAUCUCCAAGAAGCAGAUCACCCCCAUGGGUGGCUUCGUCCACUACGGUGAGGUCAAGAACGACUUCGUCAUGGUCAAGGGUUCCGUCCCCGGUGUCAAGAAGCGUGUUAUGACUCUGCGCAAGACUCUGUACCCCCAGACUUCCCGCAGGGCCACCGAGAAGGUCGAGCUCAAGUGGAUCGAUACCUCUUCCAAGUUCGGUCACGGUGCUUUCCAGACCUUCGAGGAGAAGAAGGCCUUCAUGGGUACCCUCAAGAAGGACCUUGUGGAGACUGUUUAA